UUUUUCACAGAUCAAAAGCAAACUUUAAUAUGAACCGAUCUCUGGACCGAAUUCAUAUCACUGCAUCGUAGAUCCAGCGUUAGAGCUACCAUGGCGGAUGCUAGUGUCUUGUCGAUCGUUCAGUCUCUCCGCGACAAGUUGACUUCAGAUCCACCCCCACCAUCGCAUAAGAUUUUGAGGAUUCUUCAGAAACUUUCAGCGCUGCCCAUCUCAAUCGAUGUACUGCAUGAAACGGGAAUCGGCAAAGUCGUGAACGGAUUCCGCAAGCAUGAGGGCGACAUUGCAGAGUCGGCCCGUAGUCUAGUGCGGUCCUGGAAAGCCAAAGUGCGGGAAGCCAUGGACGAAGAGGCCAGCAGACAGGAAACCAGUGAAAUGCUGAACCAAGCGGCACCGCAGCCUGAGACGAGCACAGUUACACAGCCGCACAGCCCAAUGAAGCAACAAAGCUCCCAACCUCACACCUCAGCGUCACAAAGCACCUCCAGACUGCACAGUCCAAAACACAACUCAAAUAAACCCCUCUCGCCGAGCCAACUAACAAAGUCCAAAAUUACGUCACCAUCGACAAGUCACUCGUCAACGCACAGCUCUUCCAAGUCACAUGCCUUAUCUAAGUCACACGACCCUUUGAAGUCACGUGACUCUUCGAAGUCAAAUUACUCUUCUAAGUCACAUGACUCUUCUAAGUCACACGGCUCUUCUAAGUCACACGGCUCUUCUAAGUCACAUGACUCUUCUAAGUCACAUGACUCUUCUAAGUCACAUGACUCUUCGAAGUUGCAUGACUCUUCUAAGUCACGUGACUCUUUUAAGGUGCGGGACUCUUCUAUGUCACGUGACUCUUCUGAAUCACGUAACUCUUCUAAAUCACAUGACUCUUCUAAGUCACGUGACUCUUCUAAGUCGCACAACUCUUCCAACGUGUCCAAGUCACAUGAUGCUUCCAAGUGCUCUACCGAACUCAAACGACACAAUGACGAUGGUGUUCCAGAGGGAGGAUUCACACAAUUGAAGGAGAAGCAUUCUUCUUCCAGCGGGAGUCCUGCGAAGAAGUUGAAAAGCCAUCACUCCCCUGGAAGUGGAACAGCCAGGAUACGUGAUAGCGAAGACGUAGCAAGUGAGAAACCAAAAAGCCAUAAUUCUUCAGAGAAGAGAUCUGAUACAGUCACACAUAAACCACAUGACAGGUCACAUGACCGGUCACAUGGGGGAUCACACCACAAAACCUCCACAAGUGGAGUUCAGAAAUCUUCAGAGCGAAAACAAACACCCCCUUCCGGUCUCAAUCACGCAUCCUACGAAAAACACAAUUCUGUGAGUAGCAGAAAAUCCGACGUGAACGAAAAAAUCUCAAAAGACAAAUAUUCGACAACUUCAAGUCCGGAGUUAAAAAAGUCUACAAAAUCUGUCGGACAUGAAAAGUCGGCCGCUAAUGGAGAUGUGGUUUCCAAGAAAUCAACUCCAACUAAAUCUCCGAUAAUAUCCCCGUCACGUUCUGCAGACACGGACAAAACUAAGCCAAAAUCAUCAACUCGUGAUCACAAGGACGGUUUCAAGAAACCGAAAUCCAAACCGUCGAGCAGCGAGAAAAAGACGAACAGUGACAGCCCUCUGGAGGAUACUUGGGACGAUGACAAAUCCGAGGGCAAGGAUUUCACCAACACCGGAAUGUCAUUCGGUGAUUGCCUGCUGGGUCCCAAGGUAACCAAAGUCAAGAAAGUCGCCAACAGCAAGACGCUGGAAAACUCCAAACUUUCCUCGAAAACGUCGACAAGCUCCAGUAAAUCCUCCACACCUAGGUCAAAGGUGAAAGUUGACAGAGCUGACCCCAGCAAGGCAAAGGUCAAAGUUGACGGUUCAAAACAUGAGAAGAGCUUACAAGGAAAGCAGCCAGUCGCGGGGAGUUCAAGUAAAGGUCAAAGGUCGGAGGAAGGUCGGAGGAACCGGAAGAAACGGAGCAUGAGCGAAGAAGAAGAAGAAGCCAUUAAAAUGGCAAAGAAGAGACGGGAAUCUGCUGAGGUGUCGUUGAGCUUGCCGGAGAUUCAGCCCACCUAUAAACCGAUACGUCUACCAGAGGUGCCAUCACCAGUCAAGAAAAGAACUUUGACUCCGGAAGAGGAGAUGGCGUAUCUGGGCUCCAAGCAGGGACGGACCAAAGUCUUCUCGGGACGAUUACGAAUCAACCGACUCACAAGUGUUCCACGAUUAUAUGACAUAUGUAUGGAAAUACUGUGUGACAACAUAGAUGCCAUUGAUGAUGUUGGUGGGGUGCCCUAUGACAUAUUGCACCCCGUCUUGCAAAAGUGCACCCCACAGCAGCUGUUCCACCUGGAGGACUGUAAUCCGCAUUUUCUUGAGGACACUGAUCCGCUUUGGCAGAAGCACGCCGAGAGAGAUUUCAAAGGCAAAUGGCCGGUGGAAAUGGAGUCGUGGCGAGAAGUCUAUAUUAGAGAACACGAUGCUCGAGAAGCAAGACUAAAGUCCAUCACCGCAAACAUCUCAGCUCAUAUGGCCGCCAAGGACCCAGGCCGGCUGACCAAAAUGGCGUUCCUGGACCGCCCGGCCAAACCGCCGCGCAACGUGAUGCGCCAACAGCUGCGUCACGGCACAGCCUCGGGUAGCUUCAUCCCUGAGAAACGGUCACACAGCACCAUCCAGCCCAACCGGCCAUCAACAGUCAUCGUUCACUCUGGCGGCGCGGAGGCGUCAGGCUUUAGUCGCCGACAGGCCAAACCCAAAGUGAUGGCACCGAUGAUGAUGAAAACGAUGAAGAUGAUCAAGAAACUUCGCCGAUGAUGGACGCCAUCUGAACUUUGACCCCAGACAGUGACAUAUUGGAGGUUAGCACGUCCACGACCGUUACGGAGUUGGGGCCAUGUUGGCGCGCAUGUCAUGCACAUGUUUCAAAGUUGAGGCAUGUGCGAAUUUUCGGAAAUGUAUUUGGCAUAGGACCGUUUUGCGCCCACAUUACAAUCCACACGCAAGCAUGGUUUCGCUUCAGUAAAUAGAGUACCGAAGUGUGACGGCAGCUUUCUUUGUUGGGGUUGACGCGCUGAUGUCUUAAAGUUAUACGUGUGAACCCGAAUUUGCAGCUCACUUCAGUACGCUAUGGCUUCUAAUUCAUGUAAGGCUGUGCGGAAUAUACGGAAUAUUUGAAUAUCUGAUAAUCAACCAAAUAUCCAAAAAUCAACUAAAUAUCCCAAUAGCUAUUUAUUGAAUUAAAUAUUCCAAAAACGUGAACAUUUGAAUCUGCACAGCCUUACUACUGGAUUAGCCGACAAACAUUAAGAAAAAGUACUCAAAUGUUCUGUUUAAAAGCUGACGGAAAUUUUUUGUAAAUUAAGGUAAUAAACUACUUAUUUUGUGAAUUGGGAUGUACAAGUAUAUGAAAUGAAUACAUAUUUAGUUGUUGAAUAAUGAAUGUAUUGUAUUUAAAACAAAGGGGAGUGUGGCCUAGUGGUUAGGGUUUGUGACUCAUGAUCAGAGGGUCAUGGGUUCGAAUCCAGUUGCUGGUCAUAUGUUGUGUCCUUGGGCAAGCCACUGC